CCCCACAGAUCGAAGAUAUAAACGCCAAAUAUCCGAAAGAGACUGUCAAAGAGACAGCGGUGUCAAGAUCGUUCCUGGCUAGCACAAAAUGGUGAAGUGGUUUAGACUGAAGUGCCCAUGUCCUGUUACAGGCUGCCCUAACAGCCAGGGAAGACUGCUUGAAUGGGUUUGUGCAAGGGACAAUGACGCCAUGUAUAUCAACGAGAACGGCAUACUGGCGUGUACGCACGAUAAACAUGUAGACAAAAUUAUUAACUGGAAAUUCGAUUGCGGGGAUAGAAGAGGACCACACAAAUACGAACACUACCAAAGUCCCGACUAUGAGGGUUUCACGCAUGCAAUGGCUAUGGCAUUACCACAUAUGGGCGAAGCCGGGGCAGACUGGGUUCUUUCCCUAGUUAACGCGGUGAGAAUCCAAUAUGGGAAGUGAAAAAUCUCACCAACAUAUGACAAAAUACCUAUACAGGAACUGAUAAUGAUUGUGAAGUGAACAUUCUGAAUAAUGUCAGGACUUGGAUUUUUUUAUUCACUCCUCCAAACUUGAUGAAACUGACGGAAGAUAUUAAAAACAAAAUGCUUUAGAGCUGGAGUGAGGAGUGGGUGAAGUUCUUAGGCGGAUCUUGGGUUGGGGUCGGUGCAGAUGGCACGUGUCACCCUCACUGUAGCUCUACCCUAUACGUGCUUCCGUUGUUAUCAACACAUGAUAUGUCAAGCAAAAUUUUGUUGAUAAACCUUUGUGCAAGCGUUUAAUUAUAGUUUUUUUUUUCGGGGACUUUCCUUUGUCAUCGCGCAGGUCACUUAAUUGUAUGUAACAUUCUAAACUCUAUAUGCAUUCCAUUAUUACAGGGAUAUACACUAACGUGAAUGACGCAAGAACUGUUUGGGUAGUGAAUGACGCAUCCAUAAAUGCACUGAUGAUGACUAAGAUGAUGCACUUUAUAAAAUAAAUAAACUGUGAAAAACAAGCAGCAGCUUUUGUAUUGAUGGUAAAAAAAGUUGUCUUGUGUCAAAGUAACCAAUGAUUGAACGAAUAUGAUCAUAUUUAAUUAUUAUACUUAUAA